AUGAAAUUUAGAAGUUCAGGUGUGCACAGGUUUAUCAAGGAUCCCGCAACACCAUGGGACCAAAAACUUAAGUUGGCCCGGUUCGCAUGGCAGUCAGAGAAAUGCUUUAUACCAAACAAAGACCAGGUUCUUAUAAAUUGGGCGUGUACAUCAAUAACCCAAGCAUCCAAGUUAGAAAUCGGUCAGGAUUGUGUUCACCAGCUGUGGCUGUAUCUUUCCGAUGUUCUCGGAAGCAUCCAUCUUCAGCAGUUGAUUAAUACAGGAGCCCUCUUCAGUCUCCAAGCAAACUUUAGUAUUGCGGUGAUUGAGUUUCUAGAGGACAGCAUUCAUCAUAAAGACCAUUUGACCUUAGUUCUGAAAUGUUGCCGUUACAUUUUAACUUACCCUACACUGGCUGUUAAUCUGACAUCAAACUUUGAAAAAUUGGCGCAAUUAACUGUUACUCUGAUCAAGAUAAGCGUUACUUAUGUUGUAGAGACGGGAGAAUUGUGCGAGGACCUAAAAUAUGUUCUAGAGGUGAUUCUAAAGCACUAUCAGUCCUCAUUGGUCAAACAUACCUCAGCUAGAAAGUUACUUGUUUCGACUCAAGAAAACUUACUAAUUCCAAGUUUUCAGUUAUUGGGGGAAACAUCAUCUGACCUACUUAGCAUUCAAGAUCAACUAGAGGUCAUUCUAUCUAUGUCAAUCUUUAACAGAGAUCUGCAUGCCGGUUACGUGGAUUACUUGAAGUCGUUGGCGUUUAAGCAUGUGAAGCCGACAGAAUUGAAGCUGAUCAUAUUACAGAUUCAUCACUUCUUUGAGUUCUUAAGGGAUGUUGUUAACAGCUAUGAGGGUCAAAGUUUGCAGUGCAUUUUUGGUGCUUUCCCAAAACUAUUCAAAUUAUUUCUUGGUUCUUUAAAACCAUCUGAUGAUAUAGCAUUUACCUUUCUGUGUAAAAUGUGUAGUAUCCUGAAUAUAUGUAUAGACCCUAUCGAAUCAGUACCCACUGCAGAAGGUACCAUGGAAACAAACCAAACUGAAACCUCCAAGCCAAAUGAUUUGAUAAAUUGGGAUUUGGCAUUACCAUGUGUUGAGCAAAUGUUGGGUAUCGCCUUUAAACAUAACAUAUACCACGUGGCUAGUGAUGCGGCAGAUGGAAAACCUGUAUUCACUUGGCUAAAUGAUCUUCUUCAAAAGCUCCUAAAUGUGGAUCUAGAAUUGUCUUCAUCCUGGUAUCGAUGUCUCCACCAUAUGGUGGAUCUAAACCACCUUCUGGUGGAACCACAUCUCAAAGACAUCUUUGCCAAAAGUUUGCUGAAUGUGCCGUCUGCAGAAGACCCAGCAAAGACCAACUUCUUCGACCAUGUCCUUCAGGUGUACACCAAGCUGCGUCAGUUUGAUAGAUUUGUUGAGGUUCUGUUGGUGUGCGUUCGUGAAACUGAGAUCUCUAGUUUUGAUUGGCUUGAUAGUUUUCAAAAUUUUCCUUCCUGUGUACAUGGACUCACUCCUGGAUUAAGUCUGGAUGUUUGGAGGCUAUUUCUCAAUGAGAUUUCCAGUAACUACAUUCAGAAACUGAAGGCAGUAGAUGAACCACCAGCAAAGAAAAGGAAAGUGCAAAAUCAUGCAAUACCUGUGAAGAAUUUGGAGGCAAUCUCUUCCUUAUCAAAGAUGUUCAUUCUUGAGCUACCCCUCAUUAACAUAUGCUCUAUGGCCCUGAAUUUGAAGAUAGUGAAAGAGCUCAUGAUGGAUAUGAAAACAGAUUUACUGGUUCCACUGUUAAAAAGUGACCAAGUUAAUCAGGAUUCUUCCCUUACACUAAGCACAUUCAUGCUGUCUUAUGCUUGGGGAGAAGCUAAUCUGUUGCUCAGGCAACACACAGCAUACGGUGUUGAUGAAAAGCUAAGCCUCCCAGAACCAUUGAAACAUGGUGACUUUAGCUACCUUCAUGAGUAUGUACCUCCCAAAGUGUGGAGAGCAAGCUCCUCAAAGUGGGUGGAAGCCAAGGAUAGGAGGCUUGACGCUGUAAUGAUACUUUUGAGUUUUCAGCAGGUGUGUAGCCUGUUGCUAUAUGAGGACACUGACGACACUACAGUGAAAUCUACCAUAAAACAGAUAAUGGGUUCAAUUUUGUCUUACAGUACUGACUUAAAAAUAUCACCCAAUGUAUUGUGGAAGGGCCAAAUUGAACAAUUGGACAGUGAAUCCUUUGUUCUGUAUUAUUUGGAAAUGUUGACCGGUAGAUUACCUAUCAUGCUUCCAUUCCUUACUGACAGUCAGCUAAUAUCAACAGCAAGCAUAUUUAUCCAGACUGUGAAUACUCAAGAUGUGACAAAAAAUAACAGAGCAGCUGAUAUUGUUAUACAGUUUCUUAGAAGCCCAGUCUGCUUGGAGUCUAGACAAUUUCAGACUAUAUUGAUGUCAGUUUUACUAGACGAAACUCUCAGUGCAAUCCAACAGUCAUUAAAACAGUUUCCCAAGAAAGGACAGAAAUUGAAACCAGUUUUUGAAAUAGCAUAUGAUAAAAUGUGGAAUCAAGUAGCUGAAAAUAUGCUCAGAAAAGAAGAGAAUGAUCAUGAAAUGUGGCAGAAUGUGCAGUUAGUAACGAAGGUGAUAUGUUCGUAUGAACAUGGAGGCGGAAAGAGUUUUAGUUGGAAACAGAAAGAAAUUGACACGGUUUUGAAUGCUUUACAGAUCUUAAGAUUCGUACCACUUGAACACCUGAUGCCUGGCAACCACGUAAGAUGUCUUUUGGUCCUCUGCUUCCUGAACCAUGUGAUGUCACAAACCUCAGACUCAGUGCUGCAAGGAGUUCCAGGUUGUCUGCUGCUUGUGCGAACCUCUCUAAAGACACUGUGCCAAGUUGAUCUUCGUGGAUCAUUUCUUGAACUUCCAACUGGUUGUGGGCUAUUGAAGUCACUUUCUUCUUCACUAAUGAGCCAGAAAAUGCUAUCAGGUUGUCAGGAAGAUGAACUUCAGCUAAGAUCAGUAACCCAUGACAUUAUGUCAGCCCUGCUAUCUGCAGCAUACAAAUCAGAUAAUGAUACUGUUGUACCAGAGAUGUCACAAUGGUUGUUGGGAGAGUUGAGAAAGAUAUGCAAAACAGCAGAAAACCAGAAAAACGUGAUUGACCAGCAGAAUUCAGUAACAUCAUUGCUUGCUCUUCUUUCUGUGUUUGUCAAACAAGCAACAUCAUUUGCCAGACGGAAGAACAAUGAUCAAAAGGAGGUUUUAAAGGAACUUGAUGUUUUGGCAGACAGUGCCUUGCAUUUCAUUGAAUACCUUCAAAGCGAGGAUGUUCUUAAUGAUUGGUACAAAAACAAAUUUAGUUGUCCAGUAUUGAAGAAAGAUUCAGUAUCUGGAGAAACUUCAGAACUUUCCAAGGAGCUCAUGUCUGAAAACCUACUUUUUUGCAACCUUCUUGAGAUGGCUUCAGUUCUACUUAGAUAUUAUGCAGAUGUGAUUAAUAUCUCUGAGGAAGCAGAAUUUCCGAUGUUCCAAGACAAGUGGAGCUCUCAGUUACUGCCAUUGCUGCAGAAUAUCCUGGAGGCCAAGAUCCCGACUACAACUGCCAUUGUCAAGAGGAUCAUGGAAUUCUUCCGGAGUGUAUGCUUUGUUGCAGAUGCCAGUGCUGUUGUCUCCAGUCAUGAACUGGAGAAGAUGUGGCUGAAGUUUGUUGAAUGCUUAAAGUAUGAAUAUGUUGAAGAGGCUAGGCUGUGUGGACAGAUGAUACUAAAGUGUUUAGAUUCUGCUAAGCUCUCCACUUUGCUUGCUGACAUCGAGACAGCUCUGACAACACAGAGUUGCAAUGAAAUAAAAGGUCUUUUGAUGGCCCUGAAGAUUAUUCCAUUAACUAAUCUUCAGGAAGAAAGCUGGCAAGUGCUAAAACAAUCUACACCUCAGGUUUUACUAUCUCUGAUGGAUUUUCUGCAUUCACUCCAUCCAGUUACAUCAGAAAAUGUAGACACUGUAUGUAGUGCUGUCGAUGCUGUGGUUUCCUUGCUGAUACCCGGAAAUGAUUUGCUUCCAGCCAAGGUUGCCAUGACAACAUUACACAUCGUUCAUUUUGUUCCUCUGAUGGACCUUCCUGCUGUGCAUUUCUCAAAGUGUUUCACAGUGCUCUUCCAUCUACUGGACACCCUCCUGCUGCAGUAUCCAAAAUCAGUCACUUCUUCUCUUCCAAGUUUUUUAGAAGGUGUCAAAUAUCUUUUGAAUUCUGUUAUGUUUCGUGGAAGAGAAGCAAUUGGAGGUUCCCAAGAAAAAGUACAAGAGAAGCUUCUGCUUAAAUGUGCAGAGGAUAUGGAUAGAUUAUUGACACUUUUGGCCUCACAUAAAGAGGAUGUGCAGAAAGUGAUAGUUGUUCUGGUAGCAGAAUAUGUCCGUCAGUUGCAGAAAGGAACACUCCAUCCAGCUGUUAAGAAAUCAUUGGGAAAUGGUUUAAACAGCAUAGUUUCUAUCUGCGAUGAUAAAUCAUUAUCUUUGCUGGGGGCCACUCUGCCUGAUGGCCUCAAGGAAAUUUACAAAGGUUUUUACUCGGACUACAAAAAGUAUUUCAAGUACACAGGACGUGUAUAAGCAUAUGCAAAUCAUUUUUAAAGAAGUAUAAAGUAUAUCUACUUGUAUGGUAUAUAAAAAUACCAGAUGAACAUUGACUGCUAUUUUAUGGACAGAGAGGCUUGUUUUUCUUGUACUUUCUUUUAAUGAAAUUUAGUAUAUUUGUUUAUCUGUUUGUCUACAGCCAGACUGAAUUUUAAUGAAAUAUUGAUUUUGAUUGAUUUUAUGAUGUAAUGGUAAUGGUAAUGGUUGGAGACUUAUAUAGCGCAUAAUACAUGGUGUCUAUGCGCUCGGGACUAGAUGUUGCA